CAGGAAGACCUCACGGGCGAGAAAACGGACCAUCCAGCGAAUGUACAGGCAGGCACCUCUCUGCCUCUCCUCUCCACACAAACCGCCUAGACGCCCCUCCCUCGACAACAAGACCAGUUGUAGGCACGAACUACCAGGCCUCUCUCUGAGCCUCGCGCGUGGUGCCCCCCUUCCACGCGGUAGGCAGUGAUAGGAUUUGUUAGACGAGGCUCGCCUACUCUCAAGGGACCGGCGCGCUGAUCUAGCUUGGACGGCAGCGCCUGGCGACGACGCGGCGGACCAGGGCGUAGAACGCCACCGUGAAGCGCGGCCGCUGGGGGACAAGGGCAAACACACAACAUGGCGAGCGCCAAUCACAGCACUGCUUUCUGAUCCUCCUAACGGCACUCUGAAUCCUGCCAUCCAGGCAUCCCACACCAGCCUGCCAUGGCGUCAUCUGUGCUGAGCCUUCUCGAUCGCAGCCCGGACGACCCCAUCGCCACUCAAGCCCUUGCAAGCCUCGCAAGCAGCGGUAGCAGCAGCAGUGCCAACACCACCAGCAGCAGCAGCAACAAUUCAAGCAGCAGGGACAGCAGUGGAGCGGCUGCCAGCAGCGAGCUAGAGCCAGAGAGAAAGGCGUUUCCAGCGGUGAGGGGGCGGGCGGCGUGUGAGUACGUGAACUACAAGCGGCUGGGGCUGUCGCUGUGUGUGGAGGAGGGGAGGAUAGCCGCUGUCCACGUGUACAGCAAUGUGCACGGCUACAAGGCAUUUGCUGGCACACUUCCAUUCGGACUCAAGGUGUGUAUGAAAGCCAAGGAAGUAGUAGAAGCGCUGGGAGAACCCGAUGUGAAGGCGGGCGGUGGCAGCAGCGGCGCCGUCACCGUGAUAUACUCGCAGCUGAAGCCGGCCCUGCAGACAGACAUCGGCAUGCAGGUCACGUUCGUGGGGAGGAGCUGGGAGGAUGCGGAGAAUGCGAUUGACUGCAUUACCAUACACCUGGCAACGGACAAGGCAUGACCUUUGGUGUGCCAAGGCAGGGGCACUGGAAGAACCUGAGGUGCUGGAAGGAGGGCAAGGCACGGCAGCAUUGGGGCUGUCACGGUCGUGUACCUCGCAGCUGAGGUCGGCUCAGUAGGUAACGCUCACCUGUGAGUCAGACUCAGAAAUUCGGCUCGGUGAUCUACUCGCAGCUGAAGCCGCCCUCCAGAGAGACAUCGGCCUUCAGGUCACAUGUGUGGGACGCAGCUGGGAGGAUGCUGACAAUGCCAUAGACUGCAUCACUGUACACCUAGCCACGGUCAAGGCGUUGUUAGGCCGCUUGGCCUAAAUCAGCUAGAGAAUAGCGGGGUGGGUUAAAUAGAGGGAAAAGCGUGGCGGAAGACUUGGCGAAGUUGUUGGCGAAGUAUGUGAAGUUGUCAACAAACAUAUAUUGUUAUAUAUACAUAUCUAGUUAGAGUCGAUAUGUUGUUAUAGGCUAGCUAUGUCAGCUCUUAGAGGGGACAACAACACUCUACCAGGCCUGU